AUGAAUUCCUCACCCAGUUUUACUUCUCCACUUGUACUCCCUACACCCCCUUGUGUAAAAAUUAUAUGUGCUCCGGAGCCGUUUCAAGACCCAUCACAACAUAAUUCUUAUUCGAUUAAAAUUAUAUUACUAUUGGUUUUGGAAGUUUUGAACGUUAUGGUUCAGAGUUUUAUGGUUAUAUUUAUUUUGAAGAAGAAUUGCUUGAAGUUGACCCCAUUUUUUGCAUUCACAGUUGUCCGAUCAUCGAUGAUUAUAUUCCGAGUAUCAUUCCUAAUCUUCGCAAUAAUUAUGCUGGAAAUGACAUCUGAAAGUUCCCUUUUCCUAGAAGAUAUCCUUCAAUUUUCUCUUCUCGUGGAUUACUGUAGUCGAUUUUUCUGCCUGACAAUUAUAUUUCAAAUGUCGUUAAACCAAUUGUUCUGCUUUUUUUCUAAAACUUGGAAUCAUCGAAUAUUUGGCAACGUGCAAAUUGUUAUUCUUAUUCUAUUCAGUGCAUCUUUUUCUAUUACUAUUGGAAUACUUGGUUUGAGAAAUUUCAAAAUAAAACGAAUAUUUAUCUUGUGGUUGGGAUUCUUCGAAAACCCCUGGAACGGACACGGCGAUAUUUACAGUGAUAAGAGUAUCCAUCGCAUGUUUCAUUUGUUUCCAGUAGCAUCAAUAAUUUGUUAUAUGAUUUUGUACUAUUUGAAGAGACAGAAAAAUAAAAAGGUUCUUAUAAAUACCACAAAUAUGUCUAGAGAGGAGAAAAGUGUUCAUAUAGAAAUACUUAUCACAUCUAUUUUAUAUUUAAUUAUAAUAAUUCCAUACGACAUCCUUAUGAAGACAAAAUAUUUCGAACAAGAUUCUGAGGAAGGCGAUGCUCGUUUCCAUUUCGCAUCAACAUUUCAAAUUUUCAAUCAUUUCCCGGAAAUAUCCAUGCCAUUACUGAAUCUGUACUUUAGUGGAAUAUUCAGAAAUAAAAUUGCACCGGGACCUGAGCAUGGGAAAUCUAGUGUUGAAACUGGCGCGAAAAUUUGA